ACCGAGCAUCGCCCUUAUGAAUUUUGUAGGAAGCAAAAUCGGGACGAACUAAUUUUCCAGGAGGCUCGUGUGUGCGCUAGGUGGAUCAUUUGUGACGUACAUGUAUUUAUGUGCAGCAAAUUUUGAAAGCAUCGUCAUUAUUUCUUAUAUCAUAAAGAUUACUUUAUUGAUCCGUUGAAUCCAGCAGAAGCGACGGAAGUGAAACAACAGAGGAAGGAGACCUAUUCUGACCGGUGGUUGUAGACAGGUGUUUUCUGAAUGAAGAAAAAAAACCAACCAAAAGUCAUGUCCGUUCAGUUAUUGUCCAAUCAAUAGUAUGUCCGGAUAGAGACUGUGAAUCGUGUGACACAAAAGCUGUCAUUUUGUUUUCUUGACUAUUGGAGUGAUUGUGUAUUUUUGGCAGUAAUUCUAAAUGAGACUUGCAUCGAAGAAAAAAAUAUCUGUCGUUUAAUUGUGUUAGCUUAUUCACAUAUGUGUGAUAGUUUUCGAAAAUGUAUCCCAUUUACUGAACAUUCAGUGAACAAAAAUAACAAUUUCUAUCACAAGGCAGAAAAAAAGAUGGAGUUAAUGUCCGAAGCAAUUGCCUGAUAUGACAAAAUUGAGUCUUGGAUGGUGACAAACUCCAAAAAUGGAUUCUAAAAAUAUGAACGUUGAUAUCAAAAGACAACGAACAAUAGAGACAUGUUAGGACCUUUCAACGAGUUUAAUACACCGAGCAAAAUAUUAUAAAAAGCUGACUUCAGAAAUAAAAAGAUGAACUCUAGUACGGCAACUGAAAACUACCAUAGCGAUUCCACGGACAAUACUGCAGAAAGAAUAGCUCUGUUAAGACUUCAAUACCACUGCCAUCUUCUUUCCAAUUUCAACGUCACAAGAGAAGCCAAUGAAACAUAUUGUGAGCCCCAUUAUGAUAAAGUCCGAUGCUGGUAUGCAGCUAAAGCUAACACUACAGUUAUUGCCCCUUGUCCGGCUGAACUCCGCGCUCCAGAUCAUGUGGUUGCCGUACGUUACUGUGGGGUGGAUGGACAGUGGACAAAUUUGUCUGACUACAAACAAUGUAUAGACUUCAUUGACGGCAAAUAUCUUCCUAAAGAUGAUUUGGGUCUGUUAGCUCCGACACAGGAACUGUCGAGAUCCGUCUUUAUAAUGCGGGACAUAUACUUCGGCUGUAGUCUGGUGUCAUUGUUUUUCCUAUGUAUCACUCUGUUUGUGUUUUGUUACUUUAGAUCAUUGCAGUGCAACAGAGUGACCAUCCACAAACAUCUGGUCGUUUCCUUCAUUCUUCGGUUUGUCAUCAUAGUAUUUCUGUUUGAGCCCCUUGUGUUUGGCCACGACGUUUACUACACCAGAUUGGAUUGGUUUUGUAAGACGAUCAUUGUUUUGAGUCAGUACACAAUGGUCAGCAACAUUUUGUGGAUGUUUGUGGAGGGCCUAUUUCUACACAAUAGUAUUGUCGUUACCGUUUUCUCUACUGAUGCCCCUUAUAAGCUCUUCUGUGCUAUUGGAUGGGGUCUUCCUGGAGUUAUUGCCAUUUCAUGGGCUAUUGCCAUGCACUUAACAAUGGAAACCUCCUGCUGGCAGAACAACUCACAAUCGCCAUAUUCCUACAUUGUUUCCGGCUCUAUACUACUCGCUCUGGCUGUAAAUCUCUUCUUCCUUGUAAAUAUUAUACGAGUGUUAGUGACGAAACUCAGAGCUCACAAUACCCAUGAGUCAUCAAGAAUAAAAAAAGCAAUAAGAGCAACAGUCAUUCUAAUGCCGCUUCUUGGACUGACCAAUCUAAUCAUGUUAUUUAAUCCUAAUGAUGGAGGCUCCUACGCCUCUGUCUACCAAGUCACGAACGUCGUGUUACAUUCCAAUCAGGGGAUCCUUAUAUCAAUAUUCUACUGCUUUUUGAAUGGCGAGGUUCGUAGAGUGAUCAGACAGAAAUACAGAAGAAUAAAAAUUCAGAGGAUUCUAAGAAACAACAGUCGCAGAUAUUCCAGAACGUCGUCUUGUGUAUUAUCUCAGACUGAGCUCGACAUGUCUCUAAGUUCAUUGACUAAGGGCGAUCACUCGUCUUCAUCAGACAGUAACAUUUGCAUGGAAAAUCUAAAUAAUAAUGCUUAUCAGAAAGUCACUCUGAUUACGGAAGUGCGAGAAAAAACAAGUUCAGACAGUAAUCUAGAUAAUUACCUUCACAUUGACGUCAAUAACCAAGAAAAACCUAAAUCUGACAGCAAUUUACACAUGAAUGGUGACGUCAAAAAGCAAAAUAGUUCAUCAUCUGACCCUUCGCAUCUAAGAAUUACCCACCAUGUUAAAUUUAGACUAACGUCAAGUGAAAACGAUUUAGAGAAGUGCAAGUAUGAGGUUUUAGCGGAUGAUGAGCUACAACGUUCUUGUGUUGCAAAACAAGAAAGUGUUGUUCAGAUUCAAACCAUAGAAGACAACUUAACCAAUGACAGUGAUGAACAAAGUGUGACAAAAAACUCAGGUGUCCAAUGCCAUUCUGAUGAUGAUGAGUCUAGUCAAAAUAAUUGUGAUGUAUUUGAGCCGCAUUAUAUAAAAAAUAAUGAAAAAAAUAAAUCGAUGUCGCAGCUUAACAAAAUUAACAGUGGUUCUAGCUCGUCCAAAAACAAUAGAUUAUCUGUGUUGAGCAGUACAAGUGAAUUUAAUCUCAAUAUCGCAAGUGGUUUUGCCGAUGAAGUUACAAUUGAAUUUUUGAAUUUGUUGAAAAGAAAUGAACCACUGUUGUCAUCCCAGUAACAUUUGGUUUGCUGAUUCUUCUGUGUUUAUUUAUUUCUCUGUUUCAUUUGUUUUUCUUUCAUUUUUUUAUUCUUUGAUUAAGAAAUAUUCAUUAAAAGUGUUUCCUUUCA